CACAGCCAUAACAAAACGUAAUUUAUUUUCCCAAAGACGUCCCUAACCUGAAAGAGAGAGUUGCAUUUAUGUUGAUUAACGCUUAUUCACGCGAGCGUUAGUGCCAGUUAAAGUUGUCGAGCAAAAGCAAGAAAUUGUCAAUGAACUGACCAUGACGGAAUGGUAUCAAGCGAAGAUUUUACGUCUAUGUGAAUUGAACAAUGUCGAAGAAAAGAAGGACAUUUUGACGGAUAUCAAGAUCAAAUUCGGUAGCUUAAACAAUCGAGAUGCCGAACAGGUCGCCCGGAAUUUGGAUUACGAAUCACUCUUUUCACAAUUAACCUCCAGUAACGGAGAAGUUAUAGAGCAGAUAUGCGACAUUCUAACCAUUCUGUUCAGUGUAUUAGAACCUGGAGAAAUAUAUCAAAGAUAUGUAGUUGAAGUAUCUGCCUUGAUAACUAAUCCAAAUGCUAGUGUAAGGUUGCUUGUGCUGUCUGAAUUUUUGCGGACAGCUUCGCAUCCGCAAAAGAUAUUCCAAUUGCUUGCAGAUACCACUCUUUUGAUUUCGAUUAUAAACAGAAUUGGUGAUAAUGAUUUAACAGUCGCUGAAUGUGCGAUAAAUAUUGUGAAAAAAGUUGGAAAGAAUCCAAAUGGCUUACACAUUCUGUAUAAGGGUGAACUUUUGAGAACAUUUGCCAGAUUAUUACAGAAUGAUACUAUCAGCUUUCGUAUUUAUGAAGUUAUAGUGGACAUAGCCAAGACAUCUAGAGAGGCUUUGGAAGUAUCGGCUCAAUCAGGCUUUCUGAACAGUUUAAUCAAUGUACUGGAGAAUGAAGAUAUACUGCUUCAGUUAAACGCCUUGGAAAUAUUGACUGAAUUAGCGAUAUUCGAAGAGGGUCUCAGUUAUUUAGAACAACAAGAGGUAUUGAAUAAACUGGUUCAAAAGAUAGCACAAGCUAAUGAAAAUCCUUUGUCAAAUCUUCUGAUUCCUGGUCUGAUGAAGUUCUUUGGUAAUGUCGCGCGUCAUUGGCCCAAUGAAUUGUUUUCCAAGUAUCCUGUGAUAAUCUCCGCACUAUUCGAGGUAAUAGAUAGUGGGGAUCAGAAUAUUCUGGGUUCUGCAUUGGAUACCCUGGGAUUCGUAUCUGCAAGUGUCGAGGGCAAAUACGCGUUGCAAGCUCUAGGAGAUGCGAUGCCUGGUGCUCUUAAGAAGAUUGCCGAUAUAGUGCAGAGAAUGCCGACCACAUUGAGGAUUCGCGGCCUAAACAAUCUUGCCCUUAUACUCGAGGUCAAGAAAGAGGAACAAGACAACAGAAUCUUAUCUCUAACGAAACAGUGGUUCGAUUCAUUGUGCGACGAUCCGUUAGAUAUGAUUGUAUCAAUAUGCAGACAACCGUUCGCCGAUAUUAGGCAGGCCGGUUUGGAGGUUUUGGGAGUGAUUAGUUCUCAAGUAUGGGGACAAGAGUAUAUAUCUAUUCAUCCGGGUCUGGUAGAGUUCCUAUUGGAUAGAAACAUCGAAUCGUUUAAAGAGUGUAAGGACGCCAAAUACGAAGUCGUGAAAUGUCUGUCUCAAGCAGAACGAGACAUAUUCGAUGCAGAUACUAUGCAAAAAUUCAAGCAAUUCGUUAACGAAGGUCCGUACUUUGUCGAUAUUAAUACAGAAGUUGCGAUAGAAGGUGCUUUGUAAAAAGAAGGAGGAACAAAUCUUUGCAUUAUUACUUGAUAAUCGUUAAUAUUGAAGGUAUAUGUUACAUGUAACAUAAUAUACAACAUAAAUAACUUCUAUAAGACGAUAUAAUAU